GAGGUGAUGUAAACACCCGCAGCGCGACUCUCCUCCGCCGUCUGUUCUCAUGAACGCUAUCAGCCCUUCAAAGUGAGCGAGACGAGUGCACACCGCUGCGCGUUUUCUGCGGAUCAUGCCCCAAGAACCCGAUCCUCCUCCGGCCAAGAGAUUCAAGCCGGGGUCUCCCUUCUUCCGCCUCGACAAGAAGCCCGGCAUGCUUCUGCCGCGAGCUGGUCAUGCGCCGAUCAGCGUGGACGCGCAGAGAAGACAGCUGCCCAUAUACCAGGCGAAAUCACAACUGAUCAAUCAACUCAGACAGCUGCAUAAUGCCGUGAUAAUAGGUGAGACCGGGUCAGGUAAAACCACACAGAUACCGCAAUAUCUUUAUGAGACUGGCAUCGGACGACAGGGUAUCAUCGCAGUAACACAACCCCGCCGGGUGGCUGCCAUCUCUCUUUCUGGUCGAGUGGCAGAAGAAAAGGGAGUUCAGCUGGGGAAAAUGGUGGGCUACACAGUGAGGUUCGAAGAUGUCACGUCGUCUGAGACCAAGCUGAAGUUUAUGACAGAUGGGAUGUUGUUAAGAGAAGCUAUAGGUGAUCCAUUAUUACUGCGGUAUACUGUGGUGAUUCUGGAUGAGGCUCACGAGCGGACCGUGCACACGGACGUUCUGUUCGGUGUGGUGAAAAGUGCCCAGCGCAAACGUGCGGAGCAAAACAAAGUACCUCUGAAGGUUUUAGUGAUGUCAGCCACUAUGGAUGUGGACCUGUUCUCUCAGUACUUCAAUAAAUCACCUGUUCUGUAUCUGGAGGGCAGACAGCAUCCCAUUCAGAUCUUCUACACCAAACAGCCUCAGUCCGACUAUCUGCAAGCAGCGCUGGUGUCUGUCUUUCAGAUUCAUCAGGAAGCUCCGCCUUCCCAUGACAUCCUGGUGUUUCUGACGGGGCAGGAGGAGAUCGAAGCGCUGGCACGCACCUGUCGAGACAUCGCCAAACACCUGCCUGAUACCUGCGGACCGAUGACAGUCAUUCCUCUCUAUGCUUCUCUCCCUCAAGCUCAACAGUUCAGGGUCUUUCAGCCCGCGCCGAAGGGUUCGAGAAAAGUUAUUCUGUCAACAAACAUAGCGGAGACCUCCAUCACCAUCUCUGGGAUCAAAUACAUCAUUGACACUGGGAUGGUGAAAGCCAAGCGCUUCAAUCCAGACAGCGGUCUGGAGGUCCUGGCCGUGCAGCGGGUGUCUAAAGCGCAGGCGUGGCAGCGCGCUGGUCGCGCCGGAAGAGAGGACGCUGGGUCCUGUUACCGCCUUUACACUGAAGAGGAGUUUGACCACUUUGCAAACAUGACCGUGCCUGAGAUACAGAGGUGCAAUUUGGCCAGCGUCGUACUGCAACUUUUGGCUUUAGGAGUUUCUGAUGUCAUGAAUUUUGACUUCAUGUCUAAGCCAUCACCAGAAUCGAUGCGGACGGCAGUGGAGCAGCUCAGCAUCCUGGGGGCCGUCGACAGAAAAGAUGAGGAGGUGUUAUUAACCCCUCUGGGCAAAAAAAUGGCCUCCUUCCCUCUAGAGCCCCGCUUCUCUAAAACGCUCUUGAUCUCUCCUGACUUCAGCUGCACAGAAGAGAUUCUGACCAUCAUCUCUCUGCUCUCUGUGGACUCGGUUCUUUACAAUCCGCCCGCUCGCAGGGACGACGUCCUCACCGUGCGCAAGAAAUUCAUCUCCAGUGAGGGUGACCACAUGACUCUUCUCAACAUCUACAGGGCUUUCAAGAAAGUCAGCGGCAACAAGGAGUGGUGUCGAGAGAACUUUGUCAACAGUAGGAACAUGGGGCUCGUGUCUGAAGUUCGAAGGCAGCUCAGAGAUAUCUGCAUCAAGAUGAACAUGAAGCUGGAAUCGUCUCAGUCAGACCUGGAGAAUGUCCGUCGCUGUCUGGCUCACGGAUUGUUCAUGAACGCUGCGCAGCUGCAGCUGGAAGGCGGUUACGUCGCUCUGGACACACAGCAGGCCGUGGCGAUCCAUCCGUCCUCGGUCCUGUUCCAGGCCAAACCAGCAUACGUGGUGUUUAAUGAGCUCCUGCACACGUCCCGCUGUUACAUGAGGGAUCUGUGCCUUGUGGAUGCCGAUUGGCUGCAGGAAGCCGCGCCAGAGUAUUUCCGCCGGAAGCUUCGCGCCACCAAGAGUUAACCCUCCAUUAAAUGUGCCAUUUAUUAUUCCUGGAUAUUUAUCAUGGACUGCAUGAUAAGAAGUCAUUCUAGCCAUAGAUGAGAUUUUUCACAUGUGUGUAUUUUGUUAACACGUUUAUUCCUAUUAUACGAAUUAUAUGCAUUUGCCGUUGGAUCUUUGAAGACUGCACUGUUUUGUGCUAAUAUGCAACAUGUGUGGCAGUUUUGCUAAAGACUUUCACUAGUUUGGGUAAUCGAGAGCUUUAUUAACCGAAACUUUUCUAGAAGUGAAUGACUCCUUUGCUAUAAAUCUGAAGAUGUCAGGACAGUUUCGGCAGCACUUUUAUAAAUGAACUUUUAUUGAUGAACGUUAAAGAGUGUUUGCAUGGUUUUUUAUAACCACCUUAGUAUGAGAAUCAUACAUUCAAAAAACUUCUGGAUCAAGUUUAAUUUGGUUUGCUGGAGACUGACCGAUGGUAAUUCCAUGAGUGGACACAAGGAGGUUUUGUGUUUCUGUUAUGAAAUGCAGGAUAUUUUAAUUCACUUAAUAGUUUAAUGUAACUGUUAGAUCCUGAAUCUCUUAGAAGUGAUAUAGAAGUCCAUAAAUUAUAAACACAGCAUGUAGAAACAACUUUAAAACUAUUCUAUUGUAAAAACACAUCUUGAGUCUGGUUUUAUGCCCUGUUCUAAAUAUCUAAACCAAUUUUAGUCAUAUUAUUGCCUUCUGAUCUAGAUAUGAUGGACGUAUCAUCGAAUAUAAUAUCGAAAAUACCUUAGUUAGAUACACAACAAUUUACAAUAAUAUAAUGCAUGCCACUUUUUAUUAUGAGGAGCAAAAACACGUCAUAUGCAUACAAGUUGUAUCAAAUACUGCCUUGUUUGCUUCACUUUGUAGAUCAUAUCUGAGACCACAUGUAUGUAUAGAUGUAUCAGAGAUUGUAUACACGCUGUGCAUGAAAUCGGACGGAAUAAAUGAAGGACAGAAUGUGACCACUCAGGUUUUUAUGGUAUGCAGAAGUACCAGUAGUACAGAUGUUUAAUAUUAGUAUGAUUGUUUUCCAUUACAGCAUGAGCAAGAAGGCAUCAUUUGUAUGUGACACAACGGUCAGAAUUCAAAAGCAACGUCUGCUUGAUCUCAUUGUUAUUAAAUCAUCUGAAGGUGAACUGGAGUGUGAAUGUUUGUGCUUUUUGCAUAAAUAAUUACUUAAUUUUGUUACGUA